AUGGGUUGUGGUUAAUCAUCUGCAUCAUUUUUUGAGUCUAGAGGCUUAAUUUACAUUUAUUAUGGUACUACUUCUGGAAACUCUAGUCGAUUAGCAUUUACAUUUGCAAAUCAAACUAGAAAAUUGAACUUUCUUCCUAAAGGUAUAGAUGAUUUCUAAAAUUUAGUAAUUAAUCUUAGUGAAUUCGAACCUGAUUAAAUGGGUUCAUAGAAACUUGCAGUGUUUUUUGUAUCAACUUAUGGAGUUGGAAAUUGCUCCUCUGAUGCUUAAAAAUUUAAUUCUUGGAUUUUUUCAAAAGAGAGAAAAAAUGAUGAAUUCAAAAAUAUGUCAUAUAUAGUAUUUGCACUUGGAAACACAAAUCACGAAAAUUUUUGUUAAUUUGGAAUAAAACUUGAUUAAAGAUUGGAAGAACUUGGUGGAAAAAGACUCUUUACAUUAGGAAAAGGAAAUGCAGCUGAAAAUACAACAGAAAAUGAUUAUCAUAAUUGGAUAAAUACAGGAGUAGAAUAAACUCUUACUUAAAAUUAUCCAGCAUAGGUAUGUGAUCCUAAAAAGUUUGAAUAAUCAAUUCUAAAAAUAAAACUUAGUAAUGAACAAGAAAAUGAAAACCAUGAAAAUUUGGAUUAUUUAGCAUAAAAAUAUAAAACAAGCAUAACAUUUACAAUAAAUGAAAUAAAAGAACUAAAAAAGAAACCAACUUUAGGAAAUUCUACUUUAUUCAUUGAUCUUGUUGCUGAUAAUCUUAAUUAUGUAACUGCUAGUAAUAUUGCUAUUUAUCCAUAAAAUUCUGAGUAAAUUUUUAUAUUAUAUUUUUAGCCAAGAUAUCAAUGAAUUAUGUAAUUAAUUAAGAUUUGAUAAAAAUUAAAAGUUUGAAAUACUUACAACAUCUAAACACCCCUUUCCUAAUCCGAUUUCUAUCUAUAAUUAUUUAAAAAAGUAUUGAAAUGUAUUUAUAAAAUUAGAUAUUGUGACUUUACUGGUUUGAUAACAAAAAAAUAAAUAAUGGAAUUAUCUAAUCUAGCUGUUAAUAAAUAAUAUAAAGAAGAAUUAUUGAAAGCUGCUUCUUUUGAAGGUCGAGAUUUUUAUGAAGAAAAUUUUCAAAAAAAAAAAGAAAAUUUACUCACUGUUUUAAAAAAAUACAAUAUACAUAAUUUAUCUAUAGAAUAGUUAUUAGAAAUCUGUCCUUUAAUAAAUCCUCGAUUUUUCACAAUAGCAUCUAGUAACUUGAAAUAUCCAAAAAAUAUACAUAUUUUAGCAAGUUAACUAGUUUUGCAUGAAAAAAGACUUGGACUUUGUAGUUCAUAUUUUUCAAAUCUAAAAAAAGGAUCUAUCUUAAAAGGGUAUCUUUGUGAUUCUAAAUUUACUUUCCCUAAAAAUCCUAAAGUUCCAGUUUUAUUAAUUGGACCUGGAGCUGGAUUGGCUCCAAUGAGAGCAUUAAUUUAGGAAAGAGAUUAUUAUUUAGAAUAAAAUAAUUUAGAAAAAUCACCUUUUUAAGGAAAUAUGGAAUUGCUCUUUGGAUGCAGAACAGAAGAUGAAUAUUUUUUUGAAGAUGAAUUGAAAUAAUAUGAGGAAAAUGGUACUUUAAGUAAUUUAAAAGUUGCCUUUUCAAGAAAGGCUGUAAAAUAAUAUGUAACAGAUAUAAUGGAUCUUAAUUAAAUACAUUCCCAUUUAACUAUGGAAGGAAUGAUCUAUAUUUGUGGAUCUUCAUAAAUGGGUAGAGACAUAACUAACAAAAUACAAGAUAUGUAUAAGUAAAUAGAAAAUAUUGCACCUUAUAUGGCAUUUAAAAAAAUAUACGAUUUAGAAUAGAAGUAAUAACUUAUAACAGAAUUGUGGGGAUGA